AUGGAAAAUAAAGAAGUACAAUUUAACAAAGAUAAAUCGUUAUACAGUAAUAGUGAUAUAAGGCAAAACAAUAAGAAUGAUGUUGUAAUUACAACCAAUUUUCAUAAUAGCAAUAAUUACGAUCGUUCAUAUAAAAAUAAUAAUAAUAAUAGUGAUAAUAGUGAUUAUAAUAAUAAUAAUAAUAAUAAUAAUAAUAAUAAUAGCAAUAUUAAUAUAAACUAUGUAUCUAACAAUCCAAAUAGUAAUAAAUAUUCAAAUAGUAGUAAACUGGAAAUAAGGAAUAAUCAUAGAUCCACUCCCUAUGAUAGACCAAAUAAUAAUAAAUAUAAUGUAAAAACAACAUACACUCAAAACUUUAACCCUACAAAUAAUAAUAAUGAUAAUAAUAAUAAUAAUAAUAAUAAUAAUAAUAAUAAUAAUAAUAAUAAUAAUAAUAAUAUUAAUAUUAAUAAUGGAAAUACACACUAUAAUAGCAAAUACUAUAACCAAAAUAAUAAUAAUGAAAAUAAAGAAAAUAAAGAAAAUAAUAAUAAUAAUAAUUUUAAUAAUAAAAAAUUAAAUGUUGUAUCAUUACCAUCAGUUUUAAAGAAUCAAAAAGAAACUGAUGAAGAAAAGAUUAAACAAAGACAAAAGCAAAUUGACUUUGGUAAAAAUACAAUUGGUUAUGAUAAUUAUAUUCAGAGAGUACCAAAAGAUAAAAGAGAUAGAAUACAUCCAAGAACACCUGACAAAUAUCAAAAAUGUUCAAGAAGGUCUUGGUUAGGUCAAAUUAAAAUUUGGAGAAAAGCAUUACACAAAUUUGAUCCAAAUAAAAGUGAUAAUGAUAAUGAAGAUAGUGAUAAUGAUAAUUAUAUUGAUAACGAUAAUGAAGAUGAUAAUCUUAAAAAUGAAAAAGAUGAAAAUAUCAUAAAAAUUAAAAAAGUACAUGAUAAAGAUUAUGAAAUUGAUGAACAAUUAACACCACCACCACCACCACCACCAAAAAUAAUAGAAAAGAAAAAGGAAGAAGAAGAAGAAGAAGAAGAUUAUGAAAUUGAAUCACUUGAGGAGAAUCAAGAAUUUUUAAGACAAUUAUUAACAAAAUAA